ACAUUAAGAUGGUGAGAAGAAGCAGCCUGGAAGCAUAGUUUGCAAGGAUGGAGUAUUUGCUCUCCACGCAAACAUUAUAUAAUUAUAUGAAUAUUAAAUAAUUGAAUAUUCCACUAAACUACAAAACAAGGAGCUGCGGUGCUUCCUCCAUCUGUCCAAGAACCUGCCACGAAACUACGAAAACCUUCUUCAUCUUUCCCUAUUUAAACGCAUUCACUCUUUCUUUUCCACUCAAAUUACUCUUCGUUUUUCAUUUCCUCACAAGCUCCUCUCUUUUAACUUCCAGGUACUCUCGAAACUACACACUUCUCUCUCAUGGCACUACACGAAGCUUCAACCUUGGAGCUCAUUCAGCAAUACCUCCUCACUGACUCCAAUCUUGAUACUUUUUGCAAUUCCCAUAACUUUUUUAAAACUGAAACCCAAGAAUUUGAUUGCUUUCCGCCACAGCAACCAGAGUUCAAGCCUCAACUGGUUCAUAAAUCUUCGAGUUUGAGCCAGCGGAAACCCACCAUGAGUAAAAUAUCGAUACCUCCUCCAGCAACUUUGAACCCCAUCCCACCUCAGCAACCUGUAGCAGUACCUGCAACUGAGAAUAACAGGUCGGAUUGUAGUGAAGAAAAGCAUUACAGAGGCGUCCGCCGUAGGCCGUGGGGAAAAUACGCAGCGGAGAUUCGAGAUCCUAAUAAGAAAGGCGCUCGUGUGUGGCUAGGGACAUUCAAUACCGCUAUAGAAGCUGCAAAAGCUUAUGAUAGUGCUGCCUUUAGAUUGCGUGGAAGCAAGGCCAUACUCAAUUUCCCUCUUGAAAUUGGGAAUUCGGAGUCCGAUCAUUCCCAGCAAGAAUCUGAAUUGACAGAUAAUAACAGUGACUACGCUAAUAAUAAUAACAAUAAUAAGAAAAGGAAGAUUGAGGAGACGGAGAGCUUGGAAAUCAGCAAUAAUAUUAUUAAUAAUAAUAAGAUGAUAAAAACAGAAAAUCCUUCGCCGGAGAGGGAUCAAGCGACGGAUCCCUUAACGCCGUCGAGUUGGAAGGGGUUUUGGGAUGGGGAAGUGAAGGGGAUAUUUAAUGUACCGCCGUUGUCGCCGUUAUCGCCGCACCCUUCGAUGGGAUAUUCUAGGCUCAUGGUUGUGUGAGAAGAAAGGGUAGGGUUGACUAUUCGUUAGGAUAUGUACUUUCUAAAUUGGGAAAGAUCGAUCGGAAGGCCAAGGAAAAAAAAAAUCCGGCGGCGCACAGAGUCUCAGAUGAUGUAGAAAUUAGGAAAUUUAGGGGUAAGAAUCAGCUGUAUGUGUAUAUAUAGUAGGAUAGUAUGGCGCAACGAGCAACCGUGAUUGCAUUUGUUGUGAACUUCUAAGAUUGCGAGAUUGUGUUUGUUCUUUCAUUUAAUUCAUAUAUUGGCAUCAACGUUUUUUAAUUCA